UGUGCAGGGUUGUUAAUAUCGCCGCGAUGAACGAUGAAAUCGUCAUCGGAAAUGAAAUUUUUUGUUCGAGCGAUUAUCGCGCGAUAGGUUUUAAAAUGAGUAUCGAUCGAUAAUCGCGUUUUCAUCGCCGAUGACGCGAUAGCGAUAGUUUUUUAUUUCAGCAGACUGCUUUUAAGAAUCAUAAAGUGACAGCUGAAAAUGGACGAAUCCUACAGUGGUGUUUUCGUUCAUCCAAGUUUUUUUAAAUACCACGGCCCAGCUGGAAAAGCAGGGAAUUAUCUUUUUAUUUGUGAAAAUUGUCCUUCGAAGAAAAAACCCGACGGAACAUUAUGGACAUAUAGUUGUAACCAAAAAUCCAGACAAAACCUUUUUAGUCAUAUGAAAAGUGUGCACCCAGGAUUGCUUCUAUCAUUUAAAGCUGCUUGUCAGCAAAGUAGUCAUACCAUUACCACCCCAACCAAAAGAAAACCAGCAUCUGAUUGUGAUGAGGUUGAGGAUGCGGAAAUUCAAAGUCGUCAAGCCACACUGGAAGAAGCAUUUCAGCCAAAAUCUGCGAAGAAAAGUAAGAUUUCUUUUUAUACUCAAGAAGAGUUUGAUGGAUAUGUACUGGACUACAUCAUUGAAGGAUUGCUUCCACUCAAGCAUGUUGAUUCUCCUGCGUUCAUAAAACUGAUGAGAUGUGUCUCACCCGAACAUAAGGUUAUGUGUCGACAAACUCUUUCAAAACGAUUACAAGCUAGAUAUCUUGAAGCUAAAGAAAAACUUGUUGCCCAUUUAAUGACACUGAAGGCAGUCUGCACUACAGCUGAUUGCUGGUCAGCAAGAGGGAAGUCUUAUGUUGGUGUGACAUGCCAUUGGAUUGAUCCCAAAAAGCUCAAGAGAAUCAGUGUUUGUUUAGCCAUUCGUAGAAUCUUUGGUCGGCACACAUAUGAUCUGCUGGGGAAAACUUUAGAGUCCAUCAAUAUGGAGUUUGGAAUAGACGAUAUUACUGUGCUAACUCUCACGGAUUCUGGAUCGAAUUUUUUAAAGGCAUUCAGACUUUUUGGUGCUCAUGGGACUGAGACACAAUUGGAAACGGACGAAGAAGAGGACGAUGACGCUGUGGUUGGAACUGAUCUCGAAUUUUUGUUACUUGAUUACGAUGAUGCCGACGAUCGGUACAAGUUACCGUGGCAUUGUAAAUGUGUUGCCCAUUUGUUGAACUUGCUUGCUCGCAAAGACGCAGAAAAGGCUUUAGAAACUCCUGCUUUCAAGCUAGCAUCUGAUUCAGCAUUAACAAAGCUCCAGUCUUUGUUUAAUAAACAAAGUAGGUCGGACCAGCAAAGUGAAAAAGUGAAAGAGUUACUUGGUGUUUUAUUUGUCAUUCCAAAUGCCACCCGUUGGAAUGCGUGGUAUGAUGCCAUUUGUCACGUGAAAAAAAUUGCCGAGGGUAAGAACGGAAGGAAAAAUUUAAAAUCACAAAGUUGUGUGAAAAAUUGGCUCAAAUAAGCAAGUUUCAGCAAC